AUGCAAUACAUUCAGUUUCUUGAAGAACAAGUCAGGGGAGAGCUGGAGGAUUACAGUUUGAGAAGCAGAGGGUUAUGUCUUGUCCCAAUGGAGUAUACAUUAGGGGUUGCUCAAAGCAAUGGCGCUGACAUAUGGUCUCCUCCUGUGACGACUCCAACAUCUCCUGCUUUCUAUGACUGA